AGUACGAGGGAUAUUUAUCUUAUCUCAAGGUCACACCCACACACCCACAGUACACUCGAUGGGAAAUGUCAGAGUGACCUGUGAAGGCUUGGGAGUAAAAACACUGUAGUUAAGAUAUAUUUCUGCUGUAUUCCGUAUUCAGCUCAGGAUGUUCAACCUGCCCCAGGAGCUGCUGAUCAUAUUCUACUCUGCUAUAAUCCAGUCUGUCCUUACUGCAACUGUCACGUUCUGGUUUGGAUCGGCCACCGGACAGGACAGGGACCUUCCCUCCAUCCAGGACCUGUACCAGUCCAGGGUCAGGAAGUGGCCUGACAUGUCCACGCUUUUCCCUUCUCUGCUCCCACGGAUAACGGAGUCCCUGUGGUUUAACCUGGACCGACCAUGUGUGGACGAGACCGAGCUGCACCAACAGGAACAGCAGCACCAAACCUGGUUGCAGAGUAUUGCUGAGAAAGACAACAACCUGAUGCCAAUUGGGAAACCUAUCUUUGAGGCGGGCUAUGAAGAGGAGGAGGAAGAGGAUGAUGAGGAUGAAGAAGACAGCGAGGAAGAUUCAGAAGAUGAAGAAGACAUGCAGGACAUGGAUGAGAUGAAUGACUACAAUGAGUCACCUGAUGACGGCGAGAUCAAUGAGGUGGAUAUGGAAGGAGCAGACCAAGAUCAAGACCAAUGGAUGAUUUAAGACAAAAGAUGAUUUCUCUCUGGCCUUUCUACUCACAGAUGAAAACAUGACUCUUCAGUCUGUGACACAGAUAUAUUUUUUUAUUUGUGUAUCCAGGAUAAAGAAUAUAGUCGCAUCACCACAAGAUACUUCAGGCGGAGAUCAAUACAUUUGUCUCAUUUCAAGUGAAUCUUGGAAGCAAGUUGUUGGACAUACCUGUAAGUGUUGCUACACAUUUAUCUACUAGUGAGGGAUAUUUCUGAAAAUACUACCGUGGGUGUGUGUGUUCAAGGGUCAGUGCACAUGUUUUAGUGGCAGCCCUAAACACAAUUUAUUAUUUUUUCCUGGCAAAACUGCCCCACACAUAUCAAGUUCUCAAAAUUAUACAGAUAAACAGUGUACAGCUGCACAGUGACAGAAGUAUGCACUGAUCUGAUGAUCUCCCAUUUAAACUUUGACCUUGUUAUAUCAGCAGUCAUGUGCUACUCAAAGUCUCCAAACAUCUGACUGAGUGCAAGUCAGCAAAAUAAUUUGUUACCUAUUAAAAGGACAUUCAUCAUAUAGCCCAGUUUAAAUACAUGGUGUACUGUGUACUGUAUGCUGCUGGUCUUUUGUUACAGCUACAUAGUCAUUGUGUUAGAAAAGCAUUUUAACAUUAUAUGUCAAAGAAUAAAGCUGUCAUUACUGCUGAAAAAAUAUGAAUAGUAAUUUCAGUUCCCAUGGUGUUCCUCUAAAUUUUCUUGUUAACUAAGGCUUUGGUUAUGUGACAUGAAUAUUUGUAUUAAAUUAUAUUGAUCAAGCCUUGUUUUUGUUUUCUGCAUUUUAAAUCUUUUAUAAUAAAUGAUAAAACAUA